GGGUCCAAUUUUCCUCCUCCAUCUUCACUCUCAAGACUGAACUACCUGAAUCCGGUACCAAAAACUUCCAGUAAUGGAGUCCGACGUCGAUACUGCCGACGGCGAGACAGUAAUUCUCAACUGUAUCGACUCCAACGAGUCCAGACUAGACGGAGAUCGCGAAGAGAUUGUCAUUUCAACAGCUGAAGUCAGUCGAUGGGACUUAACAUUACUUGGCCAUCGCUCAAUCAUUAAAAUCAAAGCUAAUCGGCAAAGGCUCAUUCGACAGUCUUCGUACUUUCAUGGACUAUUGAGUGGAAGCUUCAGUGAAUCUUGUUGUGACUCUAUAUCUAUUCAUUGGGACAUGGAGUCACUUCUGAGUAUGUUGCAAUUUAUCUUUGGAUGCUCAUUAGACCUUACUUCAGAAAACUUCCUUCCAUUGUAUGAGGCUGCAUUAUUUUUUGGAGUGGACAAGCUUCUUUUGGUUUGUCGAAGUUGGCUGGACUACGUAACAUCUGAAGUCAGGAUUUGGCCUCCUGAAUUGUGUUUAGAAGAUUUGGUCCAUAUCUGGGAUUAUGGUAGAGAGAAUGAUUAACAUGGAAUAUCAUGCAGCAAUUGAUUUUAUUCCACAGCUGACUGGUUAUCUGGCGAGUAACUUUAUAUGGAUGGCAUCCUGCGACUCAUUUCACAAUGUCCCUUUUGAAUUGUUGCUUACCUGUGUAAAGCAACCUUGUUUGACAGUAGAUAGUGAGAAGCAUCUUUGUGAUGCUAUUCUACUAUGGCUUGCCGCUAACACCAACCCAUCUGAUCGUUUGAGCUCCACUGGUGAUGCUCGCCUUGAAAUUCUAACAGAGAUCCGUACUAGCCUUUUAUCAUUGCCGUUUGCUGCUGUGAAACGAAGAUGCCCCUUCUUCUCAAAGUUUGCAGAAAGAAGUGUGGUUGCUAUCUGUAGUUUAGCUGCCUCCCGUUCCUUUAUCUUAGCAGACAUUCUUGGAGGUGGUGACUGUAAUCAGCUCAGGAUCCGCUUGACUGAAUAUACUAAGAUAUUGGACCUUUCAGGCUGCCCACAAAUUAAUCUGCCUCUUCUUCUCCUAAACAUGCUUCCCUGUUCCUAUUAUUUGGACAAAUUGCUGAUGAAGAAGCUUAAUCAGCUUUCACUCAAACUUGAGCGCCAUGCGGAUAUAUCUCGGAUUUCAUGGGAAACAUUCCCUGUUUUGACUUUUGAAGCAGUGCAAGUAGUGGAUGUUUCAAAUUGUCCUAUGCUGCAUCUUGAAGCUGCCAUUGAGUUCUUUUCCAAGUCAUUUCCAUCCCUAACAACAUUAAAAGCUGCUUAUAUUUUGACCUUCAGGACAAUGAAGCUGUACCAAUUGUUACAGAGAUGUCCACUACUCUCAGACAUCGAUCUAACAGUGGACAGUACUCCUGUAAUACCAGCAAAGGUCUCAGUUAUAUCUUCAUUUCCUGCUGUGAUGCUGCAGAUAUCAACAUCUCCCAAUGAUGAGACAUGUCCUGAUGUACCAGUAUUUCACUUUUCUAGGCAGCUCUCGAAUAUUACAAAACUCAUAUUGGAGGGUCGAACAGAUAUCUAUGAUUCUGAUCUCCAAAAUAUUGCGGAGUGCUGUCCUUCCUUAUGUUGUAUUAACCUCAAUGCAUGUACGUCCAUAACGGAUUCUGGCAUAUCCAUUUUAGUAUUGAAAUGUGUUGAACUGCAUUCAAUCUUUGCGUGUGAUACUUCAUUUGGACACAAUUGUGUGCUGUCACUUCGCCGUAAUAUCUCUAGACUUGACGCUGUGGCAAUGAAGAUGGCAGACGACACCAAUUCAUUAGCUUACAAACUUCAAAUUCUGCAUAUAGGAGGCUGUAAAGGUAUCAAUGAGAAUUCUCUUUUGGAGCUUAUCUCUCAAACUCAGAGUAUAAGAAGUCUUUGUUUGAGGGAAACACAGCUUGUCAACAAUUCUCUAUAUAAAUUUCCAGGAUCAUCACUGGAAAUGCUUGAUGUAUCUGAUACUAAGGUUUCUUGCGGUGCAGUGGGUCAUGUUGUCCGCGGAAAUCCUCUUCUAAAAUGUCUGAUUGCCAGAGGCUGCAGGCAUCUAUUACAAGAGGAAAAUUAUAUUCUAGGGAACUCUCCUGUAUUAUAUUAUGAGCUUGGGAAGUCCUGCAAUUUGGAGGAAAUUUCUCUUGGUUGGGGAUUCUCGUUCUUUUCAUUGGAGGCCCUGCGUCCAGCAAUUAAAAUGUUGAGGACAUUUAUUGUUGGUUUAGGUGGAUCUUUAGGUGAAGAUGGGCUCAAACUGGUACCCACCUUUUGUCCUUGGCUAGAGACCUUGAUUCUUUAUUUCCAGGUAGUAUCUGAUUCUGUUGUAAGAAAUAUAUUGGAGACCUUGAAAAACUUGCAAGUCUUAGCUUUAUGCUAUUGCUUUGGUGAGAUUUCCUCAUUAAGCUUCCAGUCCAGUGCACCACGUUUGAGGAAAUUGAAGCUUGAAAGAGUAUCAACUCAGAUGACCAAUGAUGAUUUGCUUAUCCUUAGUCGGAAUUGCAUGAACUUAACUGAGCUUUCGCUGGUGGGAUGCAAACGUCUUAAUUCAGAGUCACAAGAUACUAUUUCAAAUGGCUGGCCAGGGUUGAUCUCCCUUCAUUUAGAGGACUGUGGUGAAGUAACUGCCCAGGGUGUCACUUCGCUUAUGAAUUGUCAAGCACUUGAAGAUCUUUUACUACGUCAUAAUGGACUCGGAAUUGACAGAAAUUUUAUUAUCCGAGCUGCUUCAAGGAUGCCACUGCUCCGGAAGGUAGCAGUCGACGUAUGUGAUGCAAAGGAUGGUGACUUUGAUCUUCCAGAUUUUCCUGACAGGAACUUCUUAUGCAUACUGAAGAUUGCAAGAUGCAAUUUAAAAAGACGCUCUUUCGGUUCUACGAAAUCCGGAACUUGUACAACUCCAGUGCAUGCAGAGACUCUGAUACUGACAUGGGACAGUAGGAAACUUUCAAGAACUGUGGUCAAGGAAAGAUUAUAGCACUUGAUAGCCAAAAAUGUUAAUGGCGACUCUUAAUGUAUGCACAUUUACUGGCACAAUGCUGCAAUGUGUCCCAAAGACCUCUGAUGUAUUGCUGGGCCUGGCCAGAUCAGUGCAUAGCUGAUGGCAAGAAAAUAGGUCUAUAAUACAAUACUUGGCAUUCUUGGUCUGUUGUAACCUUUUUAUUAUAUUCAACUGCUCGAGUCUGACACUACAAGGAAAAAGGCUAGGUUCUAAUUAGCCUUUCCGUUGCCAAAUUAUAUUGUGGAGAUAGAACAAACACGAACUUUUAUCAUUAUAUAUGAACUGUUUAUUCCCAUUGACA